GUUUUAUGCACUUCAGUCUCAGCUCUCUCUCUCUUGAUCUACUUUCGGCUUUAGGAAUUGUGUAAGAGAGAUGUGGCAAGUUAUUGUAGGAGCAGCAAUUGCUGGAUCCACUGGUCUUGUAGCCAAACGCUUCUUCAACAACCCUUUCUCUCCACACUCUCGUCUUCUUCCCGAGGAUCACGGAGAAGAGGUCACUCCUCCCGUAGGUAUCGGGUUUCUCGGCUCUCCUUGCGAGAAAACCAAUGGCGUUUUCCGGUUUUCUAGUUCCGGGUCUGCAGAGUCCGGAUCCGGGUUUAGGAAGAGUUCAACAGGGGUUACAUCGUGCAAGGUUAGGAUUCGUGGAUUGAUGAAGCAUAAGAAUAAGAAGAUGAAGAAGAAGAAAAGCAAUGGUGGUGGCUCUGAGAUCGAGAAGCGAUCUGGAAGUGUUUGCUUGAAAAAGCCGCGAACUUUGAAUGCUGAUGACUCUAAUUCAAAACGUGGGUCAUGUUUUAAUAAUAAUCAAGAUCAUUCCACUUUCAACUCGGCACUUGGUGUCUGCAUGAUGUACAUGAUGUCAGCAGAGAAAAAAGAAAUCAGUAAGCUGAAUACAGCAACUGAAGAAACUGUCAAAGUCAUUCAGGAGCUAAAAGAUGAACUUUUUAGGAUAAAAGCUUUACAGGAUGUGAAAUCCACUGGAAAAUCUGAUCUCAAUAAAUCAGAGAUGGCGAGUAGGGAAUCUGUCGACACUAAGUUAGGUAAUAAUGGAGAAUAUGCUAGCAGCGUCCUAACUGAAGAGCCAGAACAUGAGGCGGUAGAAAUGGAACAGUUAGAGAUGGAACUUGAAUCUGAGCUUCUGAAGCUGAACUUGACUGAGACAAGUGAAGUUAUGGAGGAACGUAAGGAUCUGGUGAAUGAGUCGUACCAAUGUGGUGGAAUAUCAGCAUCAGAGCUGGACAAGAAAUUAAGCCGGCUUCUGAUUGAGCAACAAGAAGGCCAGAUCAAUGAGCUUGAAGCUGAACUUCAGACUACUCAGUCCAAACUCCAAGAGAAAGAAGCCGAACUCCAAGCUCUUAAGGUCUGCGUUAGAAGACUCACUGAGUUUCCCCUCUUGGACCGUUCAGAUGAUGAGCAUGAACAAGACAUGAACCAGGAUCUCUCAGUCUCAUGGAGUGAUAAAGAGGAAAGGAAGCCAAUCAUUGGGAUGAAACGACCUAUGGAGUCAUCUAUUCAUGUUUAAUAAAAGUAACAACUUCACAUAAUCCCCAAUCGUCAUCACUAAACUCUGCAUAGUAAGUUCUUGUAUAGACUCCAUCUAGCAAACACCAAAAGGAUCCAUCUCUGAAGGUUCAUAUCAUCAUUUCAUACCAAGGUGGUUGGUAAUAAUUCAGAAGAAUCCCAGACUACUCGAAGUCUUCUUCAUGACUUGACUAGAGAUUAGUUUGUUAGGUUUAGUAGAAUAGCUAGUGAUUGCGGAUUUGUAGACUUCUAAAUAUCUUGUGUAACACCGUUGACUUCUAAAUAUCUUGUGUAACACCGUUGACUU